AGAAGGAGCGGUCCGCGACUCGGAGAGGUUUUACUCCUCGUCUUUCUCUUCCACAAGCAGUGAAAACGACAAGUAGCAACACACACACACACUCACACACACCUUCACAUAAUAGGUUUGAAUAGUAGAUUGUGCGAGAGUCACUGAACGUUUUUUCUUUUCUUGAAGCACUCUACCAGGCUUAUCGAGCUUCCAUCGUCGUCCCAUCUAUGCUACACGUGCGUUGCACACACACAGGAACCCCCCCCCCCGAGUAGCCUUCACUCCUCUGUAGCGUUACACCUAGUCAUUAGAUCUUCUUUUUUCUUCUUCUUUUCUUUUUUUUAAAUUCAUCGCUUUUAGUUCGCAAUGGCCAACGCGCAACCCUCGCAGCCGCUCGUCGUGUGGAGCGGUGAGUGGCCGUACGUGAAGCGGGGUGUGUCCGAGGUGCGCACCGUCGCCACACGGGCCACGGCGUCCAUCAACGCUCUGGUGGAUGUCCCGGCCUACCUUGCCCGUGCCCGCAGGUACACGGCGGCAGCCGAUAGUUUUGUGACGAUGCAGUCGGCAAAGGCGAGCUCGCACCUCGAAUCGCACCAGUGGGUGGUGCCUGCCGUCGGCAUCGCGCUGGCGAGCUCGUUUGUUGUGGUGAAGAGUGUGCCGUGGGGUGGGGUGAAGAUGAUGCGGAACGGCCUGCUGACCGCGUUGGUGCUGACCGCGUUUAUGUACCCGCGCGAGAUCGUCAACAGGGUGGACGCGGUGAUGCCGUUCCGAGCUCCCGCCUUGAAAGAGGUGGAGCCGCAGCGGGGGAGCGAGACGAAGUAG